AUGACUGUCAUCCCUGAGACCAGAAAGAGUUCUACAGACAACAGCAACCGCACAGGGUUUCCGCCCGUGUGGCCGGUCCUUGCUUCCCGGGAGUGUGGGAGCUGUGGGGAGCUCCGCCAGGGGGGCAGUGCCGAGGAGCACCGCGUGCGGCGGGAGGAGCGCUACAGGGAGUCUAAGGAGCUUACGCCCGAGUGCACCCUGGGCGACUCGGCUAGCAAGAAUUCGGACUCGGACGUGGAGGAGUUUUCAGAUGAAGCUAACACAGAGAACCUUCUUGGCGCCUCUCCCCCCAGCACACCUCGGCAGAUGAAACGCCUGUCAACCAAACACCAGAGGAACAAUGUCGGGAGGCCUGUCAGUCGCUCCAAUUUGAAAGAAAAAACAAAUGCAUUGAACCAGCCUCCACAUAAAGACACUGGGAAAAUCGGGGAGAAAAAGAUCCGAGCGGCCAUUAGGACGACAGAGCGCGAUCAUAAGAAAAACGUGCAGUGCUCCUUCAUGUUGGACUCCGUGAGCGGGCCUCUGCCCAAAAAGCCGAUCCCAGAUGUGGAUCUCAAUAAGCCUUACCUCAGUCUCGGCUGCAGCAACGCCAAGCUUCCCGUGUCUGUGCCCAUGCCGAUCGCGAGAACUGCACGCCAGACUUCCAGGACCGACUGUCCAGCAGAUCGCUUGAAGUUUUUUGAAACUUUACGACUUCUGCUAAAGCUUACCUCAGUCUCAAAGAAGAAGGACAGGGAGCAAAGAGGACAGGAAAAUACAUCUGCUUUCUCAUUCAACCGGUCGAAUGAGCUCAUCUGGUUAGAGCUACAAGCCUGGCAUGCGGGACGGACCAUUAACGACCAGGACCUCUUUUUAUAUACAGCCCGUCAAGCCAUACCAGAUAUUAUCAAUGAAAUCCUUACUUUCAAAGUCAAUUAUGGGAGCAUUGCCUUUGUUAGAAAUGGAGCUGGUUGCAAUGGUGCCCCGGUGGAAGGACAGUGCCCAGCCCCUCACGGAACAAGGAUUGUGGGUUAUCCCACGUACCACGAGCAUCUCCAGCGCCAGAGGGUGUCAUUUGAGCAGGUAAAGCGGAUAAUGGAGCUGCUAGAGUACAUAGAAGCACUUUAUCCAUCGUUGCAAGCUCUUCAGAAGGACUAUGAAAAAUAUGCUGCAAAGGACUUCCAGGACAGAGUGCAGGCACUCUGCUUGUGGUUAAACAUCACAAAAGACUUAAAUCAGAAAUUAAGGAUUAUGGGCACCGUUUUGGGCAUCCAGAACUUAUCAGACAUUGGCUGGCCAGUGUUUGAAAUCUCUUCCCCUAGAUCAUCCAAAGGCAAUGAGCCGGAAGAUGAGGGAGAUGACACAGAAGGAGAAUUGAGAGAGUUGGAAAGUAGCUCGGAUGAGAGUGAAGAACAGACCUCUAAUCCAAGGGCGCCAACAAACAAGCCCCUCGACAACACUUUCUGCUUCCCGUCGCAGGACGGCCCCGCCAAGAGGCUUGAGAGGCUCGAAUCGGAGGAGGACUCUGUUGGCUGGGGAACGCCGGACUGCAGCGCCGAGGCCGGCUGUAGCAGACAUUGUCUGACUUCUAUUUAUCGGCCAUUUGUAGACAAAGCACUGAAGCAGAUGGGGCUGAGAAAGUUAAUUUUGAGACUUCACAAGCUGAUGGAUGGUUCCUUGCAAAGGGCACGGAUAGCGCUGGUAAAGAGUGACCGUCCAGUGGAGUUUUCUGAGUUUCCAGAUCCCAUGUGGGGCUCCGACUAUGUGCAGCUGUCCCGGCCGCCCCCUGCUUCCGAGCAGAAGUGCAGCGCUGUGUCGUGGGCCGAGCUCGAGGCCAUGGACUUACCCUCCUUCGAACCUGCCUUCCUGGUCCUCUGCCGGGUCCUCCUGAACGUCAUCCACGAAUGCCUCAAGCUGAGAUUGGAGCAGAGACCUGCGGGAGAGCCGUCUCUCUUGAGUAUUAAGCAGCUGGUCCGAGAGUGUAAGGAGGUGCUGAAGGGCGGCCUUCUGAUGAAGCAGUACUACCAGUUCAUGCUGCACGGCGUCCGGCACGGCCUGGAGAAGGCUGACUGCAACAUGGACGCCUUCGAGGAGGACCUGCAGGAGAUGCUGAUGGUAUAUUUUGAUUACAUGAGAAGCUGGAUCCAAAUGCUACAGCAGUUACCUCAAGCAUCCCACAGUUUAAAAAAUCUGCUAGAAGAAGAAUGGAAUUUCACCAAAGAAAUAACCCAUUACAUCCGCGGAGGAGAGGCCCAGGCUGGGAAACUUUUCUGUGACAUUGCAGGGAUGCUGCUGAAAUCCACGGGCAGCUUCCUGGAGGUCGGCCUGCAGGAGAGCUGUGCUGAGUUCUGGACCAGUGCCGAUGACAGUAGUGCUUCGGAUGAAAUCAGGCGGUCUGUGGUGGAGAUCAGCCGGGCCCUCAAGGAGCUCUUCCACGAGGCCCGGGAGCGAGCCUCCAAGGCCCUCGGCUUCGCUAAGAUGCUGAGGAAGGACCUGGAAAUCGCUGCUGAGUUCAUCCUUUCAGCCCCCAUUAGAGACCUUCUGGAGGUCCUGAAAUCAAAGCAGUACGUCAAAGUGCAGAUUCCUGGCUUAGAGAACCUGCAGGUGUUUGUCCCAGACACUGUCGCCGAGGAGAAGAGUUUUAUCCUGGCGUUACUCAGCGCCGCCGCAGGAGGAAAGGACUGCUUAAAGGACACGGACUAUGUGCUGCUGCUCGACGCCCAUCUCCUCCUCACCAAGCACAGCGACCCCGCGGGCGACAGCUGGGCCACGUGGGAGGCGCAGCCUGUGAAAAUCGUGCCUCAGGUAGAGACGGUGGAGACCCUGAGAAGCAUGCAGGUGGAUAACCUUCUACUAGUUGUCAUGCAGUCUGCACAGCUCCUCAUCCAGAGGAAAGCCUUCCAGCAGUCCAUCGAGGGGCUCCUGGCGCUGCGCCACGAGCAGACGUCCAGCCAGCCCAUCAUCGCCAAGGCUCUGCAGCAGCUCAAGAAUGAUGCAUUAGAACUUUGCAACAGAAUAAGUGAUGCCAUUGACCGAGUGGACCACAUGUUCACUUCAGAAUUUGAUGCUGAAGUUGACGAAUCGGAGUCUGUCACGCUGCAGCAGUACCACCGAGAGGCCAUGAUCCAGGGCUACAAUUUUGGGUUUGAGUAUCAUAAAGAAGUUGUUCGUCUGAUGUCUGGAGAGUUUAGACAGAAGAUUGGAGACAAAUAUAUAAGCUUUGCCCGGAAAUGGAUGAAUUAUGUCCUGACUAAGUGUGAGAGUGGGAGAGGCACCAGACCCAGGUGGGCAACUCAAGGUUUUGACUUUCUGCAAGCCAUUGAACCUGCCUUCAUUUCUGCUUUACCAGAAGAUGACUUCUUGAGUUUACAAGCCUUGAUGAACGAAUGCAUUGGCCACGUGAUAGGAAAGCCGCACAGUCCUGUUACAGCCAUUCAUCGGAACAGCCCCCGUCCUGUGAAGGUGCCGCGAUGCCACAGCGACCCUCCUAACCCCCACCUCAUCAUCCCCACUCCGGAGGGAUUCAGGGGUUCCAGUGUCCCUGAAAACGACCGGCUGGCUUCCGUCGCAGCUGAGCUGCAGUUCAGGUCCCUGAGUCGCCACUCCAGCCCCACCGAGGAGCGAGAUGAACCAGCAUAUCCAAAAGGUGAUUCAAGUGGGUCAACCCGAAGAAGUUGGGAACUUCGGACGCUGAUCAGCCAGACGAAAGAUACCGCUUCUAAACAAGGGCCCAUGGAAGCCAUCCAGAAGUCCGUCCGGCUGUUUGAAGAAAAGCGGUACCGAGAGAUGAGGAGGAAGAACAUCAUUGGUCAAGUGUGUGAUACCCCCAAAUCGUACGAUAACGUCAUGCAUGUUGGCCUGAGGAAGGUGACCUUCAAGUGGCAAAGAGGAAACAAAAUUGGAGAAGGGCAGUAUGGGAAGGUCUACACCUGCAUCAGCGUUGACACGGGCGAGCUGAUGGCCAUGAAGGAGAUCCGGUUUCAGCCCAACGACCACAAGACGAUCAAGGAAACCGCGGACGAGUUGAAGAUAUUCGAGGGCAUCAAGCACCCCAACCUGGUGCGCUACUUUGGAGUGGAGCUGCACAGGGAGGAGAUGUACAUCUUCAUGGAGUACUGCGACGAGGGCACGCUGGAGGAGGUGUCCCGGCUCGGCCUGCAGGAGCACGUCAUCCGGCUCUACUCCAAGCAGAUCACCGUGGCCAUCAACGUGCUGCACGAGCACGGCAUAGUGCACCGCGACAUCAAAGGUGCCAACAUCUUCCUUACCUCCUCGGGGCUGAUCAAGCUGGGAGACUUCGGGUGCUCGGUGAAGCUUAAAAACAACGCCCAGACCAUGCCCGGGGAAGUGAACAGCACGCUGGGGACCGCAGCGUACAUGGCUCCUGAAGUCAUCACUCGUGCGAAGGGAGAAGGUCACGGGCGUGCGGCCGACAUCUGGAGCCUCGGGUGUGUCGUCAUAGAGAUGGUGACUGGCAAGGUUUGCACCGAUGAGGAAUGA